CUUGGUAGCUAGCUGGCUCCAAUAGUUGACCUUGACCAUAAAAAGUCUCCCUCAAAAAACAUCCUCAUCACAAUUCAAUCACCGACGACCUUAAAGUUAAGUCCAUCUCCCUCCGCCCUCCAUCGGAGCUAUGGCCGCCGUGGGAGACGCAGUGGUGGGGCAGCUGGUGAACCGGCUAGUCCAAGUAGUGGACGAGAACGUGACGUUCAUAAAGGAGAUAAAAGCGCAGAUCGACGCUCUGGUGGACGACCUGACAUCCUUCGAGGCGUAUCUGAGACAGGCGUCGAGGAAUCCGAGGGCGAACGACAACGUUGUACUGAAAGACGUGGUGGACAAGAUCAGAAACGUGGUGACCGACGCCGAGGACGCCAUCUGUAAGUACACGGUGGAGAGGAAGCAGUACAAGGACAAAGGGUGGCUGAGAUUCAUGGCAUCCGCGGCUUAUUACGCCAAGGUUAACGCCGCGGCUAGAGAUAUCCAAGGAAUCUUAGCCCGGGUUAAGAAGAUACGGGAAAUCCACGGCCCUGCUCUCCAGGCCCUCAUAGAUGACCAGGCCAAUGGUCAACCAGCUAUCCUCAUGGCUCCCGUGGUAGAAGAAGUUGAUGUGGUGGGUUUUGACAAUGAAGCAAAAAUUAUAAAAGAUCGUCUCUUGGGAGGACCAAAUGAUCUAACAAUCAUCUCAAUUGAGGGAAUGGCAGGACUAGGCAAAACCACAUUAACCAAAAUGGUGUUUAAGGACCGUGAUCUCCAAUACGAGUUUUUCACACGCCUCUGGGUUUAUGUCUCAAGAACUAUUAACAGAAAGCAAAUAUUUCUUGACAUUCUAAGUAAUUUCACCAAAAACACCAAAGAGUUCCUUAAUUUGAACGAGGAGAAAUUAGCUGCUAAGAUUAACGAAUACUUGGAGGGCGGAAAGUAUUUCAUUGUACUGGAUGAUGUAUGGACCGAGAAUGCUUGGGAUUGUUUGAGAAUUGCUUUUCCUAACAAUAAUAAAGGUAGUAGGGUCUUGGUAACCACUCGACACCACAAUGUGGCUUCCCGUGUUGAUUCUACUGGUAACCCUCACAAGCUAAAAUUUUUGAGCAACAAUGAAAGUUGGGAGUUGCUUGAGAAGAAGGUUUUUCGUAAAGAAAAAUGCCCUAAAGAAUCAGAACAAGAUGGAAGGCGCAUAGCAAUAAAAUGCCACGGAUUACCGCUUGCAAUAGUGGUGAUUGCUGGUGUCCUAAACAAGGAUAGCACAACUACAGAGUGGAAAAGGAUAGCUCAAGAUCCCUACCCUAUAAUCAACAAAGAAGACAUGAGCUACAACAAACUAGUGAAGAUAAGCUAUGACAACUUGCCUUAUAACUUGAAAGAUUGUUUCCUAUACCUCGCAGUUUUUCCUAUAGGGCACGAAAUCGCGACAUGGAAGCUUAUUCGUUUGUGGAUAGCUGAAGGAUUCAUCCCACUUAUGGAAGGUGGGUAUAGCUCAGAAUUGGUGGUCACGGCUGAAAAAUACUUGAAAGAUCUUGUCGACAGAAACCUUCUGAUGGUGCUAAAAAGAAGAGCGGAUGGUCAGACCAAAACAUGUCGCAUCCAUGAUACAUUACACGAGUUCUGCAAAACCGAAGCUGCUGGUAAGAAUCUGUUUUAUGAUAUAAACGGAGCUAAACCUGAGUUAAACAAAAUGCCUCGUCGCAUAUGUGUCCAUUCCACUGUUCUAGACUUCCUUAACCUCGAAAAUAAGCCAUCUAGUGAACAUGUCCACUCUUUCUUAUCUUUUUGCUCCAAUGAAGUAGAGAUUCCAACUGAGCACUUAGCAGUCAUCCCGAAAUCCUUUCGCCUCCUUAGGGUGAUGGACGUCGAAUCCCUUAAGUUCAAAUUACUUCCCCGACAACUCUAUGAACUCUCCCAUCUGAGGUACCUUGCAGUAUCGACUGAACUGAAAGUCCUCCCUCUUGUGUUCAAUAAACUUUGGAACUUGCAAACACUUGUGUUCAAAACCUCGGAAAACAUCCUCGAAGUUAAGGCAGAUAUGUGGAGUAUGCCCAAACUAAGGCAUGUGCACAGCAACACUUCCAUGGUGUUGCCCGCUCCCCCGAAAAACGCUAAGAACAGCUCGGGAAGCACAGACAUACAGACGCUCUCCACCAUCUCGCCUUCGAGCUGCACACAGGAAAUUCUGGAGAAGACUCCGAAUCUUCAGAAGCUGGGAAUUCGCGGGAAUCUGGCAGAGCUUAUGGAGAGCAAGGGCGGAGUUACGUUAUUCGACAAUCUCCAGAAACUAGACAGUUUAGAAAAUCUGAAGCUGAUAAACAACGCCCUCCACAACAACAAACUACGAAGGUGCCCUCACUCUGAAAAAUUCCCUCGAAGGCUAAGAAAGAUGACUUUAUCAAACACGACAUUCGACUGGAAAGACUUGAAUAUCUUGAGUUCAUUGGAGGAGCUUGAAGUGCUGAAGCUGGAGGAGAAUGCGUUUAGGGGUGACUUUUGCAAUUCGAGCAACAUUGUCUUCAAACAGCUGCGAUAUUUGAGGAUUGGAAGGACUAAUUUAGUGUCAUGGAAGGUCUCCAAGGAUAGCUUUCAGGCACUGAAAUAUCUCAUUCUCAGGCACUGCAAUGCCCUCGAAACUGUUCCUUCUGUGUUUGGUGAGGUUGAGAGCCUUAAGGUGAUGGAAUUGUUCUGUACCAAUGGAAGGGCAGCUAAUUCUGCUCGAGAAAUACAGAAGCUGAAGAAUGAAAACCAAUGUGGAUUUCAGCUCUCAAUCUAUCCUCCUGAUCAUUAAGUUCACCACAGAGACGUUGUUUUUGGGUGUGAAUUUCUUGCUGAAAUGAAGGGCUAUUGCAAUUGUGUUGUCUCCCCAUUUCGCCAUUCCAGAGUGUGUUGUGACAUUUUCUUUCUUUUCGAGCUAUCUCAAGACUACGUAUUGUUGUUUGUUCCUUUGAUUUCCACUUGCAUUUUGUUGCUAUUCUUAUUUAAACAAUUGUUUUUCACUCAUUCAUCUAAAUGUAAAUCAUUUUAUGCUUCUCAA